UGCAAUGGAGGGAAAAAGGCUGGAGAAAAAAUGGCGGGUGGAGGGAAAAAAUAGGGUGUAGCAGUGGAGGGAAGAAAUGGAGGGAAGGUGAAAUGAGAGAAGAUGAAACGUUGAUGCAAUUUUGCUAAAUUAGGAGGGGUAAAAUUGGAAACAUAAAAAUUUGAACUUCUGCCAGCAUCUUUUCUCACGGAAUCUCACCAAUAUUGGUGAGAAACAAAAUUGGGGUUUUAAGGGGUUCCUCAUUCUCACCCUUCCCCUCCUUCUCUCACCAUUUCUCACCCUUUUGGCUAUCCAAACAAGGUAGAGAGUACCAAUUCCAUCAAUUUCUUUUCUUCUCUCUCGAUCCCCUCCAUCCAAACGACCUGUAAAUUUCUAAUCGAUCAGAAAAACCACCCCUAAACCCUAAUCUUAAAUCGACUAAAGCUCAGAAGCUCCGGCAACGAUCGGAGGCUCCGGCGACGAUCAGAACAGGUUUUGAAAUUUGGGACUGGAAAUUUUUCCUGUCACAGCAAGGGGAGGAAGAGUAGGUUGGGAAAACCACACGCGAGGAGCUUCGUUGAUAGAAUAGCUAUGUCGAUUGAUGGAGAAAAAGAAAAAAAAGUGGUUGUAGUGGAUGGAGUUGAGGAUGAAGAAGAAGAAGAAGAAGAGGAUGAGCUUUCAUGGUCUUCUGACUCUGAAAUUGGAGACGCUCUUGACUACUUGGACUCUAAGGAUGAUGAUGAAGCUGUUGAAGGAGCUUUUACACUCCAAGCCAGGCGUCCCAAUGCUCAUGGGGGGGUUCAUUCUCGCCCCAAUACAUCUUCGCUUCAACCUCUCUCAAACCGGAACCAGAAGUUCUCCCAUCAUAUAAGAGCUUCACCUUUAGAGGAAUGGGAAGGGAGGCUGAAUGUUGGCAUGUCAAAUUCUGUCACAACUGCAAUUCGUGGAAGUGUUCGAGAGAUGGCCAUCGGUAAAACCAAAACUACAGAGAAAGCAGAUCGUGCUACUGUCGAGCAGGCAAUUGAUCCUCGAACUCGAAUGGUCUUGUUCAAAAUGUUAAAUCGUGGACUAUUCCAUGAUAUAAAUGGCUGCAUUUCAACGGGGAAAGAAGCAAACGUAUAUCAUGCUACAAAGUCUAAUGGUCAGGAACUGGCAAUCAAAGUGUACAAAACCUCUAUUCUUGUAUUCAAGGACAGAGACCGGUACGUACAAGGCGAUUACCGUUUCAGACAUGGUUACUGCAAGCACAAUCCCCGGAAGAUGGUCAAGACAUGGGCUGAGAAAGAAAUGAGAAAUCUUAUUAGGCUAAAGGCAGCAGGAAUUAGGUGCCCUGCUCCUCUUCUAUUGAGGCUUCAUGUUCUGGUCAUGGAGUUCAUAGGGAAGGCAGGUUGGGCAGCACCUCGACUUAAAGAUGCUGCUUUAUCUCUUGACAAGUUACGUGAAGGUUAUGUAGAGAUCAUUAUGGCAAUGCGAACGCUAUAUCAGAAGUGCAAGCUAGUGCAUGGAGACUUGAGCGAGUAUAACAUACUCUAUUCUGAGGGUCAUUUGUAUAUUAUUGAUGUUUCUCAAUCAGUUGACCUUGACCAUCCUCAUGCUCUUGAUUUUCUUCGUGAGGAUUGUGUUCAUGUUUCUGAUUUCUUUAGAAAACAUGGUGUAGCUGUGAUGACAAUACGGGAAUUGUUUGAUUUCAUUGUUGAUACUUCUAUAACUGAUGACUCCCUGGACAGUUAUUUGGAAGAGGUUCAACAAAAGAUUUUGGCAAGAGGAGAUGUGAUUUCACAUGAAGAUGAAAUUGCAGACUCUGUGUUUGUGCAGUCAUAUAUUCCAAAAACGCUGGAUAGCGUGAAGAAUGUUGAGGCGGAUAUAGAUCGGAUUACUAGUGGGAAGGAUACUGGCGAUCUAUACUAUCAGACUAUUACAGGACUCAAACAUGCUCUUUCAAUGGCUCAACCUUCACUCGAAAAAGAACACCAGCAGGAAGAGGGUGACAUAAAACAAGAUUCUAACUUGCAUGAUACUGAAACGGAGACUGGAACAGACGACGACGACGACGAAGAUGAUGAAACCUCAAUCGAUUCGGAAGGGAAGGAAUCUGGACACGAAAAUGAGACACUGGAUCCUGUUGAUAGAAAAGCUGCUAGGAAAGAGAACAAGAAGAAAGUGAAAGAAGAGAAGAGGGAAGCUCGAAAGACUAAAGUGCCCAAGGCUGUGAAGAAAAAGAAGAAAAAGUUGGCGAAAGCGAAAAAGAAUAGGUAAGCUACAAAGAUGUCUAGGAACAAAAGUUUUGCACGAAGCAUACAAGAAUCUCAUCAGAAGUUUUUCCUCUUGCUGUAGAAAGCCUUUAUUUAUACUGGAAAUGUAGGGGAAUUUUCAGUUUUGAGUCUUUUGGCUAGCCAGGCAACUGCUUCGUUUGAUUUAUUUUUUCUUUCGUUUUCACUGUAAUUUAUGGAACAAUAUCUUGGCUUCUUUCAAUUUGGUCAUAUAUAUCAGUUUUGUUUGAC